AUGUCCAGCGUUGUCGGUAUCGAUAUCGGAAACAUCUCGUCCAAGAUCGGCGUCGCCCGCGCCCGCGGUGUUGAUGUGAUCGCCAACGAGGUCAGCAACCGAAGCACACCAUCACUCGUCUCCUUUGGCCAGAAGGCGCGUGCGCUCGGCGAGGCUGCGGCCACUGCCCAGACGUCCAACUUCAAGAACACUGUCGGCUCGCUCAAGCGUCUCGUUGGACGAACGCUCCAGGAUGCCGAGAUCCAGGAGAUCGAGAAGCAGUUCAUCAAUGCCGAGCUUGUCGACGCCAAGGGCGAGGUCGGUGUCAAGGUUCGCCUGGCCGGCGAGGAGCAGGUCUUCUCGGCCACCCAGCUCAUGGCCAUGUACCUCGGAAAGCUGCGCGACACCACUUCCAAGGAGUUGGGAGGCGCCGGCGUCAGCGAUGUCGUCCUUUCCACGCCGCUCUGGUUCACGGAUGCGCAGAGACGCGCCAUGCUCGAUGCCGCCGAGAUUGCCGGCCUCAACCCGCUCCGCCUCAUGAACGACACCACCGCCACCGCGCUCGGCUACGGCAUCACCAAGACAGACCUUCCCGACUCGGACAACCCGCGCAACGUCGUCUUCUGCGACAUUGGACACUCGUCUUACCAGGUCGCCGUGGUCUCCUUUGUCAAGGGACAGCUCACCGUCAUGGGCACCGCCGCCGACCGUAACUUUGGCGGCCGCGACUUUGACCGCGCACUGCUCCUGCAUUUCGCCGAAGAGUUCAAGGGCAAGUACAAGAUCGACGUCCUCUCCAGCCCAAAGGCGACCUUCCGCCUCGCCGCUGGCUGCGAGCGACUCAAGAAGGUCCUUUCGGCCAACGCCCUCGCCCCCCUCAACGUCGAGAGCAUCAUGGAGGACAUUGACGCCGCCUCCCAGCUCAAGCGCGAGGAGUUUGAGGCUCUGAUCGCACCGCUCCUCGAGCGAGUCACCAAGCCCCUCGAGGCCGCCCUCACCCAGUCGGGUCUCACCAAGGAUCAGAUCCACAGCGUCGAGAUGGUCGGCGGCAGCUCGCGCGUCCCCGCUCUCAAGGAGCGCAUCUCGGCGUGGUUCGGCAAGCCCCUGUCCUUCACCUCGAACCAGGACGAGGCUGUCGCCCGCGGAUGCACCCUCGCCUGCGCCACCCUCUCGCCCGUCUUCAAGGUCCGCGACUUCACCGUCCACGACUCGACCCCUUACUCGAUCAAGGUCACCUGGGACAAGGCGGCCGACGUCCCCGACGAGGACACUGAACUCGUCGUCUUCCAGCCCAACAACCCGAUCCCCUCGACCAAGAUCCUCACCUUCUACCGAAAGGAAAACUUCGACUUGCAGGCAUACUACGCCCAGCCGGAACUGCUGCCGCGCGGCAUCAACCCCUGGCUCGGCAAGUUCAGCAUCAAGGGCGUCAGCCCCGACGCCAAGGGCGACCACAGCAUCGUCAAGGUCAAGGCCAGGCUCAACCUGCACGGCGUGCUCAACUUCGAGAGCGCCUACACGGUUGAGGAGGUGGAGAAGGAAGAGGAGGUCCCCGUCGCCGACCCGCAGGCCAUGGAGACCGAUGGCGAGAACAAGGAAGCCCCCAAGACCGAGAUCCGCAAGGUCAAGAAGCUGCAGCGCAAGGGCGACCUGAGCAUCGUGUCGGGCCUGGUCGGCAAGGACGCCAGCGUCCUCGCCGAGCUCAAGGAGAAGGAGGGCCAGCUCUACUCCAGCGACAAGCUCGUCAUCGACACCGAGGACCGCAAGAACGCGCUCGAGGAGACCAUCUACGACCAGCGCAGCAAGCUCGACGACAAGUACAAGCUGUUUGUCACCGCCGAGGAGAAGGAAAAGUACCUCGCCGCGCUCAACGAGCAGGAGGAGUGGCUUUACACCGAGGAGGGCGAGGAGGCCACCAAGUCGGCCUACGUCGAGCGCCUUGCCGCGCUCAACAAGAUCGGACAGCCGAUCCAGUUCCGACAGAAGGAGAGCGAGGAGCGUCCCAAGGCCGCCUCGCAGCUCCGCGAGGCCCUCAACAGGUAUAUGGAAAUGGUCCAGAGCGGCGACGAGAAGUACGCCCACAUCUCGGACGACGACAAGCAGAAGGUCGUCGAGAAGUGUGCCACCAUCGCCAAGUGGCUCGACGACGGCCUCUACAAGCAGUCCGAGCUGCCCAAGAACGCCGACCCCAAGAUCACGUCGGCCGAGAUGCUCAAGAAGAAGGACGAGGUCAUCUACUUCUGCCACCCCAUCAUGAGCAAGCCCAAGCCGAGAACCGAGACUCCGGUCGAGACGCCCAAGCCGGAGGAGAAGAAGGCCGACGAGGGCGACAAGAAGACCGAGGACGGUCCCGGAGAGAUGGACGUCGACUAG